CAUACUACGAGCAGUUUAAGAAUAUAUCAAGCAAUAUUGAUCAUUGCUUUCCAUGUUACCAUAGCAACUGGAGUAUAUUAAUGUUAGUCCCCAAGGUGUUGUUGCAAGAAAAUGUAAUCGCGAAAGUAAUUGACAAAAAUUAUUAUUUGUGCUUUGUUAUUCUUUGGUAGCACAUAUAAACUUUGUGUUUUCUUUCUUGCUUGUGUUGACAAUUUUUACGUUGUACGAUGGAGAACAUGACGGAGUAUCAAAAUUAUUGGUCUGGAACAAAUAACCCACUCUUAAGAAGGCUUUAUGAAAGUAUCCACUAUGUUAGCGUAUUUAAUACACGAUAUUUACUCGAUAACAGCAGUGUCGAUUUAACUGGUAAAAAUGGAAGAAUUGCUUUAUCGAUUGCUUGUAAUAUUCCAGAUGAGAGUUAUAAAGCGCGAUUAAACAUAUUGAGCUGGUUGUUACGAGAAGGUUGUGAUUUUAACUUGUGUGACAAACAUGGCUUAACCUUAAUCUCCUGGGUUUGCAAACACCAUAAGGUUAAAAUGUUUAACUUUCUGAUAAAAAAUUAUAAAAUGGAGAUUGAAUAUGGCAUUUUAGAUCAUAACCAAGACUGUACCUUGAUGCAUGCUGUGCGCACAAAAGAUCUGGAUGUUGUCAAAUUACUAGUUAAUACCUUAAUUCAGUUUGGGAUAAACGUGGACAUGCGUAAUAAGUUUGGCCUAACACCCUAUGCCGAAGCUGUUCGAUUAAAUCUAGUGAGCAUCUCAGAAUUUUUGAGACAAACUGGAAAUGCUUCCGCAGGUGUGGCCAUAGAACCUAUUAUAGGACCACUAUCGGUGGACCCUGGUCACACCUUUCGCAAUAUAAUCAACAUGUCAGUUCAACACAAAAAAAUUCACCACAAGAAAAAAUCUAAGCGUAAAAAAGAUCGACAGGGAAUGCUGGGGGAAAGUUCUAGUUUGUCACGUAGAGAAAACUCAGACAAAAAUACACAGAAGGAUAUCGAAACAAAAGAGUCAGAUCAGAAAGAGAGGGAAAAAGAUGCUACUGAAUUGCAGCAAAUAGAAGAAACAUGUCCGAAGUUUGAAGACCAACCGAGGAUACCUCUGCAAAAACGUCGUUCGUCGCUUGGAAGAAUAAACAAUAAAAUCCCUUACAGAAAACGCGUGGGUAGUAGUCACUCAAUUGUAGUUAAUCAAUCCGAGUUGGCUAAUAGUACCGAACGAAUUACAAUACUUCAAAAUAAACUUGAGUCAUUAAUGCUAUAUAAACCAAUCAUUAGAGAAGGCAGCAAGCAAGUCACAUAUGAGGAUUUAAGAGAAAUUUUUGUUAAUAACAGAGAGAUUGGUUCAAACUCGACAUCUUUUUACGAUUUGAGUUGGUUAUUAGUACUAAAAGAGGAUCAAGAAAAAGACACAUUUUUAAAAGGAACUCCAUUGGCUAGACCGGAUAGUGUGGAUAGAAUACAGAGCACAAGUCAAAAUGGCCGAGUUAGUAAGAAUCGCAAAAGUAGUGUCAGUGAAAGUGGUUAUAUUCAAUAUGGCGACGAUGGAAGGCCAAAAACUUUAAUUAAAAGAAAAACAAGUUUGGGCAUGAAUCGACUACCUCUAUCUACUACAACUUGAAAAAAUAACUUAUUCCAGGAAAUUUACGCGAGUGCCUGUAAAAAAAAUAGCGAUUUAACUCAUCUGACUUACAAAGAGUAUUUAAAAAAACGUGAAUCAGGAAAUAUGUUUAUCUUUAUUUUGAUAAUGAUGGGUUUAUUGACAAUCAUUUCUCUUCUUUUCUUAUAAACAUUCACAGUAUUAACAGCUCUGCAGCCUGCCUAGCAUAAGGUGAACCGUAUCAGGAAGAUACAAUUUUUUCGCGUUAAUAAAACAAGGAAAACGAAG